CAAUGUCUUUAACGAGAAAUUAAGUAAAAUAAAUCAUUUUAAAAGAAUAAAAGUACAAAAAUAAAGGAAGGAAAAAUAAGGUAAAAAAUGGUUUCUAGGAAGAUUCAAGCUGUAUGGAUUUUUGUAUGCAUUGCUUUUGUUGUCGCAAGAGUGGAUUGUGCUGAUUUUAAUGUCAAAACAUAUGGAGUCAAAGGUGAUGGUACAUCUGAUGAUAGUCAGAACUUGAACUUGGGAGGAUUGACAAAUGCAGUAGUGAAAGGAGUGACAUCUAUAGAUAGCAAGUUUUUCCACAUGAAUGUGAUCCAAGGCAAGAACGUGACCUUGAGCGACAUAACUAUCACAGCACCAGGAGAUAGUGAAAACACUGAUGGCAUCCAUAUUGGCCGUUCCGAAGGAGUAUCCAUUCUCGGUGCAACCAUAAAGACUGGGGAUGAUUGUGUGUCUCUCGGGGAUGGAAGUAAGCAAGUUAACAUUGAAAAUGUGAAGUGCGGGCCGGGCCAUGGCAUUAGCAUUGGAAGCUUAGGAAAAUACAAAGACGAACAACCGGUAGAGGGAGUAACGGUGAAGCAUUGUACUCUCACUGGCACAACGAACGGUGUGAGAAUAAAGACAUGGCCAGCAUCUCCAGAGGGUAUAGCCUCCGGCAUGCAUUUCGAGGAUGUCACGAUGGAGAACGUGAGCAACCCCAUAUUGAUCGAUCAAGAAUAUUGCCCAUGGAAUCAAUGCACGGCCGGGGUUCCAUCCAAAGUGAAGAUUAGUGAUGUUAGCUUCAAGAACAUAAAGGGGACUUCUGCUACAAAAGUGGCCGUCAAACUCGCAUGUAGCAAAGGAUUCCCAUGUGAGAAAGUAGAGGUGGGCGACAUCAAUCUAGAAUAUCACGGAACCAAUGGGACUGCCAUCUCUGAAUGCAGCAAUGUCAAACCUACGCUUUCUGGCAAACAAUCCCCUGCUGUUUGUGAUGGAGCUAGCGGUGGUGGUGGCGCUGCUGCUCCUGCCGGUGCUGCUUCUUCUUAAGCUUUCAAACCUAACCUUCUCGAUUGGAUACAUAUUAUUAAUACAUACUCUGUUACACACUCAAAAAUAAUAGUUUUAGGAUACUCAAUGUGACUUUAAGCUCUUAGCUUAUGCAUGUAAAAGCAGAGAGCUAGCCACCAAUUUGUUUAUUAGUUAUCACCCCUUUUUGACCCAUCUUGAAUUGGUAUGCAUGGUUGUGUGGUGAAGGAAUAUAAUAAUUAAUGAAUGGUUUGAUAUUUU